AGCUGAUCACUGUCUGAACGGCUAUGAAGUAAAAGUUUCAUAUGUCAUUUUUUUAUGACAUGGCAUGCUUCACAUCUUGCUUACAGUAAUCUGCUUCAGGCUAUGCAUUAAAACCAAAGGCGAUUUACAAGCUGCAUUCUUGGUUCAACACGCAGCCCUGUGAAAUAUGAUUUUACUCAUAUUUGUUUUGUCGAAAAUAUAUAUUUAAACAAAUAAAACGACGGGAGGUGAAGUUUUUUUUGGGGAGGUGGGGUUUUCCUGUUCAUUUGCUUGAGAUUUCUGUUUAUCAAGGACAGUAGCAAAGGGUCUGUCUCAAAACUCCGGAGAGCUAGGAUAUAUGAAGAUCGCGACACAGUUGGUUUCCCCUCGCAGAAAUGCCAGUGCGUGCUGUGACCACCAGGUUCAUGUACAAGGGACUUUGCACUAUUCCAGAUGUCCUCACCUACCGGACCCCUGUUAUCCUGCCCGAGGAUGAGGUGGAAGAAAUUCGUGAGGCUUUCAAGGUAUUCGACCGAGAUGGGAACGGCUUCAUCUCAAAGCAGGAGCUGGGGAUGGCCAUGCGCUCUCUGGGCUACAUGCCCAACGAGGUGGAGCUGGAGGUUAUCAUCCAAAGACUUGACAUAGAUGGUGACGGUCAAGUUGGCUUUGAUGAAUUCGUCACAUUGCUUGGUCCUAAACUCUCGGCUGCUGGGAUGCCUGAUAAGUUCCACGGAGCUGACUUUGAUUCAGUGUUUUGGAAGUGCGACAUGCAGAAACUGACUGUGGACGAGCUUAAGAGACUGCUUUACGAUACUUUCCGUGACCACCUCACCAUGAAAGACAUUGAGAACAUCAUUAUGACCGAGGAGAGCCACCUGAACAGUCCAGAACUAAUAUGUCUUCUCAAUCUUUCCACAGCAAGCCCAACACAACAGGAGAAACACACGUGUGUGCGUAAAAGCCUGAUUUGUGCCUUCGCCAUUGCGUUCAUCAUCAGCGUUAUGCUCAUCGCAGCCAAUCAAAUGCUCCGCAGAGGAAUGAAGUAAAUAACUACACCAGUUGGUUACGAAGAGAUUUAAGGAUGGACUAUGAAAAAUCAAACAUUAACCAAAAUACUUGACUGUUUUUUGGUUUUGUUCAAUGUUUCCAACACCCACAACUUCUCUAUACUGGACAAAAUGAUGUCACACAGUGGUUUUGUAUGACCACCAAUCACUGCAUACCAUAGUAAAAAGGAAAGAACGACAUUUCAAGGGCUGAUUAGUAUCCUAAGUACCCCAGUAUCCUAAAAAAGAAAUAUGUCACUGAUUCAAACUUCUGAUGUUUUCUAAGAAAUCACAUAGGAGAGCAGGCUGCAGAAGUGUGUGCCGUAGUAAUAGCUGUGCUGUGUCUAAUAUAUCAAAAACAAUUAAUGUUGUUGAUGAGAACUCUGCCAUUUGGAAUGCACCCAGUAAUAUUACUGAUGAUAGUAAUAAAGCAAUACAAACGUGUUGAUGGGCUGCAUAUUAAGUAGCUUUAAAUCACUUAGGGAAAACAUAAGGAUAAAUGACUGGGCACUGCAUAAUGUGUCUCUUUUAAGUCUCUUGUUUGUUUUAGUGCCAAGAUUUCCGGUCCAGAAGUCCAACUCACAUCCAGUUUAACAUACUUUGCUGAACCAGCACCAUCUGUGAUCUGAAUCUUAAGAAAAGAUUAGCACCAAUACUUCAAAACACAAAUCUGUUGAAUGGAAUAUUUAAAGGCCCUUGAUACGUUUUUUGCCGUGCUAGCCACAAGGCUCUGGGGACGACACUGUCACCACUGAAAUAUCUGGAUAACUGCUGUAUAAAGUUUUGCACAGACUCUCAUUGUUCCUACAGAAUGACUCCUACUGACUUUGGUGAUCCCCUGACUUUCCCUGUAAUGCCACUAGCAGAUCAAAGUGUUCAGUAAUCCUUUGAAAUCUCAACAUCCACAGGAUAAAUUGGCACAAAAUUUGGUACAGACUUUUAUGGUUCCCGACGGAUGUGACCCAAUGACUUUGGUGAUCCCCUGAUCUUUUCCUUUAGUGUCACCUUGAGGUUGAUAUUUGCAGCUUUGAGUGAAAUGUCUCAACAACUAUUGGCUUGAUUGUCGUGGAAUUCAGACAUUUAUGUUCCCCUCAGGAUGGUUUGUGAUAACUUUGGUGACAUUUUUGUGACAUUUUAUGUAGCGCCAUCAUCAAGCCAGGUUUUUUUAUUUGUCCGAUACUUUGGUUUAUGACCGAAUACCUGUUAAAGCGAAAAACAUCAGCUUCACAGAGCUGCUAGCAUAGCUGUAGUCUCUUGGUGUCAUUGCAAAGCUACAAACAGCUAUAGGACAACAUGCAGAAGGUGUCAUAAAAUGCAAAUCUGUCAGGUGCCCUGCUUUGUCACUUUUAUUAGAUGCUUGAAACUUACACCAGUUAAUAUUUUGUAAAACAUCAUAUCAUGUUAUCACCCAACAAGUCCAAGCUCAGCUUAAACUGAAAUAAGAGUCUAUGAUUUAAAAGCAAAGACGUGAAAAGAAGGGGAAAAAGUCAGUCCUCCCAAGUUUUCCACCAUGACAAUGAGUAAUAAAUUAACUGGUGAACAAGCACAUGAACACACUGCUGAAAAGAAGGAUGGAAAACAGAGACAUGUGUAAACCACAUGCUGUGCACUCCAGUCAGCUGAUCCCACGGGCUAUUUCUAAAGAUGUCACGGUUUCCUAAAAAUUAAUUGGUUUGUUUAAAAGCUCAGAGCGAGCCUUCCUGGCUGAACAGCUUGGGGUUGAUUUGUAAAUCAAACAGCUAAAAAUGUAGGUUGAAAAAUUAAGCCGAAGUGAACAAUAAAGUCAAAAUAAAAGGCAGGACACAGACGGAUAUCACAUAAUCCCCUCUAAGAGAUAUCAGACAAGAGUGUGUGCAUAGGUAUUUAUGCAAAAAAAAAAAGCCCAAACAUCAAGACAAAUGACCAUCACACAACUUGUAAAACAUGUUUCAUACUCACAGUCUGCCAGCGAUACAUGCACAAUGCUGCAUAUUCCAAAUCUGAGCACUUAGGCACCAAAAUAAGUCAUAAUGAGUGACAGUGAAAGAUUUGCUGCGUGACCCGAACUACCAGCUGUGAAUAAAGUUUAUAGCUUCAAGAAAAGUAGGUAUUAACUGUAUUAUUAUUUCUAGCAAAUGAGAAUGAAGGAUAUCCAGUUCACAUGACACACUUGCAUGUACAUUAAAAUAGAAAUA